AAAAACGUUAAAGUAGGUCUCUUUGAUGUCUUUCUUGUUGACUGCUGCCAAACAGAUUGGUAUAAACUAUCGAUGCGUUGAAGAGCGAUGAUGACGUAUUAUCUCACUUUUUGUGCGAUUUAUUUUUUCACGUUUUCUUUCAGUACCUGCUACCUUUCGACUUGGUCUAUAUGUGGCACGCCGAUUUUUUCUCCCUGAGCCAAUGUUGUCCAAUCAGUUUUGAGGGAAAAUGUGACUGCUAGGAAUUCCCCACACGCCGCCUUCCAGUUCCAGCGAAAACAGUGGGACCUUACGGCAGACGUGAGACACAAACGCAGCCAGAAAGCUGCACUGGCUGAUGCGGUCUGUGAAAAAGUAAAUGAGCAGACUAACUCAGCUCUGAGAGGACUUUUCCCAAACCGCACAAAGGAUACAAGAGACCGUGGAGAAUGUCAAAAGGAGUAGUUCCACGGAAGUGGCCAUAGCAUUUAACUACAUCGCCAACAUGCGAGGCUUCAACUGAAACAUUCAACUUUUUACAAGAACAAGCAUCACGAAUUACGGUGUAGAUGCCGCAGAUGCAGCUGGAGUGGCCCUGAGCCUGAGAGAGUGCAAGAGGAAAGCCCUCCUCCAUCAGACUCCACAACCCAGAACCCAUAGCCACCAGCAGGAACAGCUGGCAAACUGUGGCGGAGUGAGGGAACGUGGACAAGACCGAAAAAAGGGAACUUUGUGGUGGUGCUGUUUUUUUUGUGCCCAGUAGUGCCUCUUGUUCUGUGAAAGCGCCAAAAUUAUCUCAGCUGUGUACCGGCCUCUGUGCGCUUCUUGUGUGAAGGGGUGCGGUGUCUUUGGUCUGGGGAGUCUCUGGAGAGGCAGGAGUGACUGACUGUCAGUCUGAGCCCUCCCCUCACCCCCGACCCGCCGCUGCUACACCAUGACCACUGCAGUCCAAUCCAGUGAGCUCGUCUUCGAGUUUGCCAGCAAUGGCAUGGAUGAAAUUAACCAGCUGGACGACCCAUCAGUCUUCCCAGCGGUCAUCGUGGAGCAUGUGCCUGCUGCUGACCUCAUGCAGGUGUAUUCGGGGCUGGAAGCUGAUGAGGUGACCAACGGCAUCAUGGUAGAUACAAUGCAGGACGUAGUGGAGGAGAACAUUAUGGUGGGAGAUGUUGGGCUGUCUGUGGAGACCCCAGUGUCAGGAGCAGAAGAUAAUAUAGAAACCACUGAGGCAGCCGAGGCUUUGCUGAACAUGGAGUCUCCCAACAACAUCCUGGAUGAGAAACGCAUGAUUCACCCAUAUGGAGCUCUGCUGGAAUCAGACCUGACCUACACGUCCCUACGGCCAGAACAGCUGUCACCUGAUUGCAUGGAUGUUUCACUGGAUGAAGAAACAUCCUCCAUGGAUGAAGUUCAUCAGAAGAGUCCCUCCAAACCGGCCAGGAAAAACAAAGUGCGCAAACCCAGAGUGGUACGCCCCUGUUCUCCCAUCACCAAUCCCUCGCUCCCUCUAAAGAAAAAGAGCAAAGAGGGCAAAGGUAACACAAUUUACCUGUGGGAGUUUCUCCUGGCUUUGCUGCAAGACAAAAACACCUGUCCCAAAUACAUUAAAUGGACACAGAGAGAGAAGGGCAUCUUUAAGCUGGUGGACUCCAAGGCUGUGUCCAAGCUGUGGGGCAAGCACAAGAAUAAGCCCGACAUGAACUAUGAAACCAUGGGAAGAGCACUCAGGUAUUACUACCAGAGAGGCAUUCUUGCCAAGGUUGAGGGCCAGAGGCUCGUUUACCAAUUUAAGGAGAUGCCCACAGACCUUGUGGUCAUCGAUGAGGAUGAGGAGCAGUGUGUAGACUCCAGCCCAGGAUACGUAGGUCAACGGUCUACUCCACACAGUAGAGCUGUUGGCCGUGGGACAUCCCGAGCCCAGGGAAAAAGCUCAGGCCACACGCAAGUGAGGUCAGUGAAGAGAGAGCAGAGUCCCAGCCUGCUGUACCAGAAUGCCAGCAGCAAACACAACGAGCAGCUACUGCAGACCGUACAUGUGCUACAGCCAAACCAGGGAGCUGCUGUUCCUGCACCUGCACAUACUAUGAGGACCAUGCCUGCCACAGUUCCCAUGGUCCUUACAUCUGGACCACAGACAGGAGCUCCGGUCACCCUUCAGACCAUGCCCUUCCAGUCUGUCUUGGCCAAUGGGGACACCUCCACCCAUGGAUCCCCACCGCGGGUCAUCCUUCACACCGUGCCUUCCUCCAGCCCCGGGAGCAAAGAUGUGCUGACAAUCCAGACCGCCUCCCUGACCUCAGACAGCAUUCAGUCCCUUGUGUCCAGCCUGGGCUCAUCCAAUGGAGGGGUCAUCAGCAGCACGGCACAGCAGACUGGCUCUCUAAAUGGCCUGACCCGACUGGUCACCCUUAACACCGGCGGCCAGCCAGUAGUGGCCCAGCAACCAGGAACAGUCAUUGCCACUGUGCUGAAGUCUGCCGAAUUGCAGAGUUUGCAUGUUAAGGAGGAGAUCCUGGACCCACAAUACCUCCAGUCCUUGGUCAACAGCAAUCCCACAGUGGUCACUCCCUUCUGCAAGGAGGAAAUGGAGGCCGGGGCAGCAGAGCUCAACCACAGGACUGUUAUCAUUGGCACCGCCAGCCAGGCUGUACAUGGACACUCGGACCCAGGCUCUGAGCUAGCCAGCAGCCCCAGCGAGGGCCUGACCCCUGUGGAGGAGCUGGAAGUGAAGAGCGAAAUUGCCCUACAACCACAAACAGGGGCCAAAGAGUUGCUAGAGGGCGCUCAGGGUCUGCAGGAGAUGGCUGUCACCAUGCAGAUACCCACUUCUCAAUUCAUCCAGAUCAAGGCAGAAUUCUCCGAGACCUAAGAAUUUAUGUGGUCAGGAGACCAUAAAAGCGAUCACCCAAUGUUCUAGUAAUUUAGUGAAAAUUGCUGGAAGAUUGCCACAGGACCGUUGUUUACUCACAAUUUUUGUGAUAUUGUGCCUAAAUUUUAAUAUUAAAGUAUAGUUAUAUGAUAAAAAGCUCCAUCAGCUGUCUCUCUGGCAUCAACCUCAACCUUCCUCAUCACCUCCCAUACCCCCACCCUCGCAAAUCAGAGGAUAGCCACGGACCAGGGAUAUUUCCACCAUAUGUGCCAGUUCAGACAUUUCUUUUCUACCUGCUUCUUUAAAGAUGCAUAAAGACACUCCACUUAAAGAGGGGGCAAAAAGAAGAGUGAAGUCUUGACGGACAGCCGCUACAAAACCAAAAACACACCACAGACUUUUAGGUUCAAGAAUAAAUGCACUCAAAAGCUCACCAAACAGAGAGCGUUCACCACUGGUUUCUUGGUGAUAAGGAUGUCUGAAUGUGACUCAAUAAAAGAAGCGUGGCCUUUUGGAUCUGAACUGAAAGAGUGCCAUGGUGAAAUGGAAGAAACAGUCCAAAAUAAUGUUUUGAACUUAUUAGGUUAUGUGAGGGAAUACGCUAAUGGCAAAUGUAGUUUUGGGCACAUAAGAUUGUGCAUUAUACUUCACUGAAAACUCAGUAACAUGGUCCUGAUUGGUUUAUUUUUACACCAUACCACACAAAUCUUUGUGUCAAUAUGGAAAUGGGCAUUCCCUGUCCCGAGAGACAGUAAUUAGAUGUUUGUAAAUAAUUACUGAAUAUAGAGACGUUUGAAUAUAUAAUACAAAGACAUAUUCCAAAAUUGUCUGCUAUAUAUGCAGAUUAUUUCUCCAUUAGACUUUAAUCCUGUUAAUAUGAAAUGAAUGCCAUGGAAUACAGAAAAUACAGUAUAUAAAUAUAUAUGGUAUACAAUUGAGAUUCAGUUUAUGGCCACACAUUUAUUUAUUUUGUGAAUUUCAAAUUAUGUAUAAAAAGCCUCAUUUUUUAUUGUAACAAUGCAAAUACGAGGGAACAUACAGUGUGUACUCAUUACCAAGAAUCAACAAUAUUUUAGUUUUAUCAAGUUUUUCAGUUGGAAAGAUUACAUUUAACCUUUCAUAUUUUAUCUCUUUUCCAGUUUGAGGGGAUACAUUUAAAAAAAAAAAAAAGAAAAAAAGGGAAAAAAGAAAAAAAAGUUUUCUAGCUUUUUGAGAUUGAUCUCUGCCUUGGUGUUGACUGUCAUAUACGUAUAAAGCCAUUAUUUUUUAAAGAUCUUAAGUGUUUUGUUCUGCCCUUAAGCUGACAUACUUUUACCCCAUCUCAGUGAGGCAAAGCGCAAUCAUGCCUUGCUUUCCUUUUAAACAUCUUUUGUGUGUUUUUGCUUUGUCACUGGGUUUCAGAUCUAUGUUGUGCCUAGUUAUGUGAUUUAUUUAUUUGUAGUCCUCUCACAUCUAAUGUAGUUUUCUAUGUACCGCAUACACAGCACACUUUCUCAGCCUUUGCCAAUAUGGGCUUCCCCUAGUGGAUAGCGUGCAUGUUGUAGCCCUAUUGAUUCCAGACUCAAUUUGCUCUAAAUUGGUAGUGAGCGAAGUUGCAGUUGGGAGUGAGUGUAUGCUCAGUGGUCUCAAGUGCAGCAGCUGGGCCUGAGCCCCAGGCCUCUGCAUGGAAAAAAUAGCCUGGAAAGAAGGGCAACAGUGCUAUGACAAUCAAAGCUAAAAAUUAUGCAAUGUUAAUAAGACAAUCAGUUUCCGCUUUGAAGCAUUCUGUCUAGCGCAGUUCUCCAGAACGGGCUAAGCACUGGCUUUGGGGUAAACGUAUGCCAACUCUUCAUCUCGCCUGCUCUUCAGGAAUCAUUUUGUGACUAUUUUUUUUCUUUCUUUCUAUCUUUCUUUUCUUUUUUUUUUUAAAAAAGGAAACAAAUACAAUAAAGCAAAUUUUGCUUCAAUGAA